AUGAUUCGGUGGAAGGCUUUCUCUAAAGUGAGGCACUUUUCCGGUCUCACCAAAGUAGUAAAUUUGAGAGAGCACCAAGAUGAGAUAAUCAGCUGCAUAGAAAAGGUCAAAGUGGUGAACCCACUGGUGCAUUGCAUUACAAACAGAGUAACAACGGAAAAGGUGGCAAACAGUUUGCUAGCAUUUGGUUCUUCUCCAGCCAUGAUUGACAACCCAAAGGAAGUGGAACAAUUUGCACAAAUAUCCUCCUGUACCUACUUCAACCUAGGUUUGCACACAAGUCAAGUGGAUAACGUACAAGUGCUGGAAAAAAUGAGACAGGAAAAAAAGAAGGAAGACUUUACUCUGAUAAUCGACCCAAUAGCCGUAGGGGCAACACAGUACAGGACAGACCUAAUCAAAGACAUCAUUGUUAAGUGCAAGCCAAAUGUCAUUAAAGGAAAUGUAGCUGAAAUAUAUUACCUAGAUAAAGGAGAGUUUUUAGGAAAAGGGGUAGAUAGCAACAGUACUUCAGCACAAAGUGAUAUAAUUGCUAGUGCAAGGAAUGUUGCUUUGAAAUAUAACUGUGCAGUUGUAGUCACGUCGAAAGCAGAUAUCAUUGUUAGCCCCUGCUCAAAAUAUGUAUCCCAAAUUAAUUGCGAUUUAAAAAUUUUGACAAAAAUUACCGGCUCGGGGUGUUCAGUUGGUGCACUGUGCGCUGCCGCAACUGCGGUUAUUCCUCAGAACCCCUUUAUAGCAUGCACGGCUGCCACGCUGAUUUACAAGUUGGCCGCUUUUAAGGCUUACGAAAAGGAGACAGGCCCAGGUACACUCAGCCAUAAAAUAAUUGACAACAUUUACUUUUAUUCCAACAACCCGCACUUUAUGAAUUUUCAAAUUGUGGACGUGUAUGCGGGGAGCUGA